GGAACGGCCAAUGUGAGCGGCCUAGAACACAGUUAGUAGUGUGUAUGUGUAUUUUUGAAACUCUCUUUAUUUAAAUAGUUAACGUUUCGAUCCUUGGGUGGGAUUCUCUUCAGAACUACAACAAAUAAUUAAAUAAAUAAGUUCAUUUGACACACGUACAAUGUACACAUACAUACUACUCACAUUGGCCGUUCCCACUUUACAAGUUUUUGUUUUACAAAAUUCGAGCCUUUUACGUUUUUAUAAUAUUAUUAUAUUUAUUAUACAAUAUAUCUCUUGAAUAAUCGAGUAAAAAUAUUUCUAACAAUAUACGUGCUUUCAUUUAGAAACUUUUGAUGUAGAAUUUAGAAAACUUGGUACAAAAGACUAAAAUCAUUUUUAAUCUGAAUUAUAUCGACAUUAGAAUAAUUGAAAAGAACAUUUGAUUUUCAUGUUAUAGUAACACAUAAUAUUAUUUUAACUUAAAUUAUACGCAUAUAUUAUUUUAACUUAAAUUAUACGCAUAAUAUUAUUUUAACUUAAAUUAUACGCAGAAACAUUCGAUCUGACAAUAAGUGAAUUUCAUUACAUUGUGUCUUAUUUGAACAUGUGUGAGAACAUUUCAAAUAAGCAAGAUUGCUUUACCGUGAUAGACAAUUACGAAUAAAGAAUCGAUUAUGAUUAACGCCACAAAUCAAUAUUAAUAUCGCAAUGAUAAGGCAGCACCUGUUACAACACCUGUUGUUUUGCAACGAUAAGAGAUGGCGGGUACAACAACCGGACAAGCAAGAAAUCAAUAUAAACUGUAUUCGCCAAGUGGUGGGGGUUGAAAACGGGUUAGCACAAAGAGGGUGAAGAACAACCCCCAUGAGGAAGACGGGCGCUGAAGCCAUUCGGAAUCGCAGUUUAGCACUCAUGCCAGCAACAACGGUAGAUAUGCCGUGAUCCCGGUAACUCAGUGAUCCUUCUCCCUAUCUGUCUGUCUCUCUUCAUUAUUACAUUUGACCUUUUUGUCUCUCCUGGUUUUUUGGUAGGUCCCAAAUUAUUGUUCCCCAAAAUUGCAGUGCGCAUAUGUUUUAUAUUCUCAAUGGUGAAUCAAUAAUCAAAGUGACAGUGGGUAUCACGACCGUGUCCCCGGGCCAAGAUGUCGGUGAAGAUGACGAGAUACAGGCAGGCAGAAUUUGAAGAUGAGGACAGUAGCAGCAUUGGAUCGGUUGCUCUGAAUAGCGAAGGGAUCAGUACAUCAGCAACACACAUACGAUAUCAUACAGGAACAAGCAUGUGGAAGGCGAGAACCAUUAUAGAAAAAUGUCUUCUCAUAAUCUGUUGCAUUCUGCUGAUGAUAGUUGUCGUACUCGGCAUUAUCAUAAGCAGCAAAAGUCGAUGGGACGAAGCGCACGUUCUUCACGUCGGCGAGAGAAAAGAAGAAACGCACUGUCUCACAGAACAGUGCGUGUCCACAGCGGCGUCUAUAAUUCAUAGCAUAAAUCUGGCCGCCAAUCCUUGCGAUGAUUUUUACGAAUACGCUUGCGGCGGCUGGAGCAAACAGAAUCCGAUUCCGGAAGGAAAGAGCAUGUGGGGCACAUUCGGAAAGUUAGAACAGGAUAAUCAGCUAAUCAUCAAACACGUUCUUGAACAACCAAGCAGCGAAAUGAGAUCAAAGGCCGAGAGAAAAGCCAAGGCUUAUUACACGGCCUGCAUGGACGCUAACGAGACGAUUGAGGCGCUCGGUGCCAAGCCAAUGACAGAUUUACUGGAGACUGUUGGAGGAUGGAACGUCUCUGGGAAAUUUAACAUCAGCAACUGGUCGUUACAAACAACCAUGCACGUCCUGCAAAACUGUUACAAUAUGGGCGGUUUAUUUUCUUGGGUCGUAAACGAAGACGAUCGAAACAGCACGCGAUACAUAAUUCAAAUUGAUCAAGGAGGUUUAACUCUCCCGACUGCAGAAAAUUAUCUUAAUAUAACAGAACAUGGAAAAGUUUUGGCGGCCUACUUAGAAUAUAUGACAAAGAUUGGCGUGCUCUUGGGCGGCGAAGAGAAUUCCACGAGAAAACAGAUGCAAGAUGUGAUAACUUUUGAAACAAAACUCGCCGAAAUAACUAUUCCUCCCGAAGAACGCAGAGACGAAGAAAAACUCUAUACUCUGAUGUCUUUGAGUGAGUUACAACGCAAAGCGCCUAUGAUAUCCUGGGUGGAUUAUUUCCAAAACGCCACUCGUCUUGUAAACAAAAAGAUCAACGCAAAAUCGCAAAUAGUGAAUUUUGCGCCGGAUUAUUUCGAAAAACUGACCAAACUCGUGCAGGAAUAUAACAAAACCACUGAAGGAAAGAUAAUAUUAAACAAUUAUUUGGUGUGGCAGACUGUGAGAACAUUAGCGUCUGGUUUGUCAAAGCCGUUCCGAGAGGCUUACAAAGGCUUGCGGAAAGCCUUGCUCGGUUCGGAAGGCACCGAAGAGGCGUGGCGCUAUUGCGUUGACGAUGUUAGCACUUCCAUGGGUUUUGCAGUUGGUGCAAUGUUCGUUCGAGAGGCUUUUCACGGCAAAAGCAAACCUAUGGCGCAGGAAAUGAUAAAUCGAGUGCGCCAGGCGUUCACGUCAAACUUGAAGAACUUGGACUGGAUGGACGACGAGACGAGAAAGGCCGCCGAGGAAAAAGCAAACGCCAUUACAGACAUGAUCGGUUUCCCGGAUUUCAUUUUGCAGCCCAACGAACUCGACGAACGCUACAGAGAUCUGAUAAUCAAGCCGAACGAAUAUUUUCAAAAUAAUAUACGCGUGAACAAAUAUAAUUUGCGCAAGAAUCUCGAAAAGCUCGAUCAAGUGGUGAACAAGACCGCCUGGGUUAUGUCUCCACCCACCGUCAACGCUUAUUACACGCCCACCAAGAAUCAAAUCGUUUUUCCCGCCGGCAUACUCCAAAGUCCGUUUUACGACCGGGAAAGUCCUAACAGCUUGAAUUUCGGUGGCAUCGGCGUAGUAAUGGGUCACGAACUUACGCACGCAUUUGAUGACCAAGGUCGAGAGUUCGACAUGUAUGGCAAUUUGCAUCAGUGGUGGAACAAUGCAACUACGGACCGUUUUAAAAAUAGAACCGAGUGUUUUGUGGAGCAAUAUAAUCAAUAUCAAGUAAACGGUCGUAAUGUAAACGGUCGACAAACACUAGGAGAGAACAUUGCCGACAAUGGCGGCCUCAAAGCGGCAUACCACGCCUACGUCUCAAUGCCUAAGUACUACAAGGAUCUGUUGCAGCUACCCGGCGUGAACAUGACUCAGAAUCAAUUAUUUUUCUUGAACUUUGCACAGGUCUGGUGUUCUGCUUCGACGCCCGAGUCGCUGAUCCUUCAAAUCGAGAAAGAUUCGCACUGUCCUCCGAAGUAUCGAGUUAUCGGGCCGCUGUCCAACAUGCCUGAAUUUUCGACAGAAUUUAACUGUCCCAUAGGAUCAAAGAUGAAUCCGGUUCAUAAAUGCGAGGUGUGGUAACAUACCUUGUGCGCUUUCUGAAAAGAGAACUGUGCAAAACUCUAUAAUAGAAGACACCGUCUUCUGACGGACUUUUGUAUCAUGUGCGCAAAGGCUCUACAGAUGUAAAGAAAAAAGAUACACAAAAACACUACUCCGUCGAACCACA